ACCUCCAAAUUACCAGACUACCCCCCGAGCUCGAAGCCACCGGCACGCCGCACGCCUCAAGGACCAGCUGGCGGCCAUGGAUCGCCGGGACAUGGCGGCGAGCCACCGGGGCCGGAGCUCCGCGCGUGGCCAGGCCUGGGGCCGAGGCUGGCGAGGUCGUGGGGAAGGCCGAGGUCGCAGCCGCGGCGCCGGCCCCUCCCCACCACCUCCUCCUCCUCCCUCCACCUCGUCCUUCCCUGCGGCUGGCGCCACCGCGGCUGAUGCCGGCGGCGACGCCCCGCCGAUCGCGGGAAGCUGCCCCGACAUGUGCCCAGCGAGGGAGAGAGCGCAGAGGGAGCGGUUGAGGGACCUGGCGGUGUUCGAGCGGGUGGGCGGCGACCCCGCGCGCACGUCCCCUUCCCUCGCCGUGAAGAAGUUUUGCAGAACUAUCUCUUCCACAAGUGUACAGGCAUCAGAUAUACGUCCCCUCCCAGUCCUGCGAGAAACAAUGGAUUAUCUUUUGCAUUUAUUGGAUUCCUCAGAGCAUCAGUUUGGAAUAGUUCAUGAUUUUAUAUUUGAUAGGACAAGGUCUGUGAGGCAAGACCUCAGUAUGCAGAACAUAGUGAAUGACCAAGCAAUUCAAAUAUAUGAGGAUGUGAUAAAGUUUCAUAUUAUAUCCCAUCAGAUACUUGCUAGGAAUUGCCAGGAUUCUGAUGCUUCUUCCCUGUGUUACCUAAACAUGGAGCAGUUGAUGAAGUGCCUUAUUUCUCUGUAUGAUAUGUACGAUGUAAUUCACAAGAGCAAUUCACAGAGCAGUAAAGAGACUGAAUAUUAUUCCUUCUACGUGCUUCUACAUUUGGGCUGCAAGAUACCCAAAAUGGUAGAUUCACUCUCUUUGUGGUAUGGCCAUUUACCUACUUCAAUUGUACAGUCAAAGGAAAUGAUAUUUGCUAGAUCUAUAUUAAGAUACUACAACCUAGGGAACUUCAAGCGUUUCUUCUGCAUCAUAGCAGCUGAAGCAACUGACCUUCAGUUGCGUCUGUUAGAACCUUUUCUCAACGAGGCCCGUGUUAGGGCAUUAAUGUACUUCAAUCAUAGUGGCUACAAACUUCAACACCACCCUUUGACGCAUUUAUCGGAAAUUCUGAUGAUCGAGGAGGUGGAGCUGGAAACUCUGUGCAGACUAUGUGGACUUGAAAUUAGCAAAAACGAAGAUACAAAAGCUUUUGCUCCUAAACAGGCUAGUUUCUCCCUACCAGGAUCCAUUCCUCAAAGUAAUGGCAUUUACAUCUCGAGGGAGAGUCAAAGGUGAAAAAAAAAGGCAUUGUAAUAACGAAUAUAAAAGUACCCAACACGGAAAGUAAUUGAUCUCAGUAAAAAUAUUAUGGUUGAUAUCAGUACAUUUUUCUUGUA